CAAAAUCCAUCUAAAUCUCACGCUCAGCUUCUCAGUCUUCUUCACUCUUCUUCUCCCCUCACUCUCCCUGCUUUGCGUUUUUGCUGGAUGCUCGCAGGCUUUGGCUCGUUCUCACUCCUCGCCUCCAUUCCACGUGCCAUCCUCGUCCACUCCGCCCGCUGCACACUUCCCGCUCGACCGUCGUCUGUCUUCUCUGACUACCUCUACUACCACUACUGCUGCUGCUCAUCGUCGUCGUUGUCGUCGUCCAGCCACUACCAAGCCAUGUCGUCCUUCUCUACCGCCGCUGCCAACAAUCCCGCCACUGCUGCCCCCGUCGCAGGCCCCCGCUUCCAGGUGCUCCACUCUGACCAAUCUGCAUCUGGAUCUGCAUCUGGCAGCAGCACCGGCGCACGCACUGGCCGCCUCGAGUUCAACGCGCCCGACGACGCGCAUCCGCCACGCGCCAUGCUCACUCCGUCCAGUCUGUUCUGCGCCCGGCUGGGCACCCCACUGUCGCUCACCAUGGACAUGUGCCGCGCAGAGCCUCUCUUGGCUGGAUUCCACGACUCGCUCUCACUGUUGGCUCAGAACGGUGAGCAAGUGAUGCGACAGUACGGCAAGGGUAUUCACAAGUUUAUGCAUGCUGAUGAAUACAUCUUCUACAUGUCGACGCGCGACGUGCUCGCGGCGACGGUGGACGGCAUGGGCGGUGACAAGCAAGUCGCUGUGGAUGUUGCGACCGGUCGCAUCAAAGUCGAGCCUGAAGGCUUUGUCAAGUACCUUGAUGUCGCCAUGCCGGACAUGGUUGCCAGUCUUUCGGACAACAUUGUCGGAGGCACUGCGGGUACCAAGCGGAUCGAAAAGUCCAUUCAGCGCACCGACAAGUUUUUGGAUGACACUCUGGACCGAAUUUCCAAGUUACCUGAAGGCUCGCCCGCGAAGAAUGUUGCCAUUCUUGCUGUUGUUCAAGGCAGCCAAGACAAAGCAUCGCGGAUACGAGCAGCCUCCACUGCUGCCAGCAAGCUCGUGUUUGGAUUUCUACUGGAGGGAUUCAACACUGGCGAAGACCAACUACAGCGCCUCGAGUUGAUCGAAGCUGCUGUUAGUCAAUUGCCACACGACAAGUUGCGUGUCAUUCAUGGCCUGAGUGCUCCAGAACACAUCCUCCAGGCAGUCUCGCGAGGAAUCGACUUGUUUGAUUCGGCCUACCCCGUCAUGGCUACCACAGAAGGUCGUGCGCUUGUCUUUGAUUUCGCAGGGUUGACUGCACCGGGUUGGGAUGGCUACGCGGGUCGCUCCAUGCUCGAUUUGUGGGACAGUCGCAACGAUGCCGACACCAACCCCUUCCUUCCCGGCUGCACCUGCUACGCAUGUACUCGUCACACCCGCGCCUACGUGCAUCAUUUGCUCAACACUCACGAGAUGCUCGGUUCGGUCCUUCUGAUGAGCCACAAUGUUCACCACUUUUUGAGUUUCUUUGCUGCCAUUCGCAAGACCAUUGAGCAAGGAACUUUUGUCCAACACCGUGAUGCAUUUUUGCAACGCUACACUGCCCAACCGUUUGUCCGCCCUGUCGUCACAUCAGCUCCACAGUAGUAUUCCUUUGAAUUCUUCGAUGCUGGUGGCUCGGUUACUCUUGGAAUACACUGUCUUUUCCAAAC